CCAUUUAUGGUACCCAGCUGAUGGUACAUAUGGGCUUUAGAUCACGUGUUUCACUUUUGACCAGGGGCAGCAGGCUGGAAGCAAGGAGCUGAAGGAGGGGAUUCCUGGUUAAAUCUCCCAGCUAUAAAACACUUUUAUAGUUUAAGAAAUUAAUACCUGCUGGCCGGGGGCUGCAGGAGGCAAUAGAAGGCGCAAAACUCAAAGCCUGGCAGAUUUCUAGAAAGAGACAGAUAAAGGGCAAUAAAGAUAGGAGGGAAAGAUGACGUCCAUCGAAACACAUAUACAAUACUCCAACUCUUAUAACAUGACGGAAGAACAAUAUAUGAUACAAGAGGAAGACUGGGAUAGAGAUCUACUCCUGGAUCCUGCUUGGGAGAAGCAACAGAGAAAGACCUUCACAGCCUGGUGUAACUCUCACCUUCGGAAAGCUGGCACCCAGAUUGAAAACAUUGAGGAGGACUUCAGAAAUGGACUGAAAUUGAUGCUUCUGCUUGAGGUCAUUUCUGGGGAGAGACUGCCCAAACCGGACAAAGGAAAGAUGCGUUUCCAUAAGAUUGCCAAUGUGAACAAAGCUCUGGACUAUAUUGCGAGUAAAGGGGUGAAACUUGUGUCUAUUGGAGCUGAGGAAAUUGUUGAUGGCAAUUUGAAAAUGACCUUGGGUAUGAUCUGGACUAUCAUUCUGCGUUUUGCAAUUCAAGAUAUUUCUGUAGAAGAAACGUCUGCAAAGGAAGGUCUGCUGCUCUGGUGCCAAAGGAAAACAGCUCCUUAUAGAAAUGUCAAUGUACAGAAUUUCCACAUUAGCUGGAAGGACGGACUUGCACUGUGCGCUCUCAUCCACAGACACAGGCCUGACCUCAUUGACUACUCCAAACUCAAAAAGGAUGAUCCCAUUGGUAAUCUCAACACUGCCUUUGAUGUUGCAGAGAAAUAUUUGGAUAUCCCCAAAAUGUUGGAUGCAGAGGAUAUUGUGAAUACUCCAAAGCCAGACGAGAAGGCAAUUAUGACAUAUGUAUCCUGCUUCUAUCAUGCAUUUGCUGGAGCUGAGCAGGCGGAGACUGCGGCAAACAGAAUCUGUAAAGUUCUAGCUGUAAACCAGGAGAAUGAGAAGCUGAUGGAGGAAUAUGAAAAGUUAGCAAGUGAGCUCCUGGAAUGGAUCCGUCGCACCAUCCCUUGGCUGGAGAACAGAACCCCAGAAAAGAACAUGGGUGCCAUGCAGAAGAAACUGGAAGACUUCAGGGACUACAGAAGGGUUCACAAACCCCCUCGUGUGCAAGAGAAGUGCCAGCUGGAGAUCAACUUCAACACCUUGCAGACCAAGCUGAGACUUAGCAAUCGUCCAGCAUUCAUGCCCUCUGAAGGCAAGAUGGUGUCUGACAUCGCCAAUGCCUGGAAAGGAUUGGAGCAGGUAGAAAAAGGAUAUGAAGAGUGGCUGCUGAUGGAAAUCAGGAGACUGGAAAGGUUGGAGCAUUUGGCUGAGAAGUUUAAACAGAAAGCUUCUCUGCAUGAGUCCUGGACCAGAGGAAAGGAGGAACUGCUGUCCCAGAGAGAUUAUGAAUCAGCCUCCCUUAUGGAGAUCCGAGCUCUCGUGAGAAAACAUGAAGCGUUUGAGAGUGAUCUGGCCGCCCACCAGGACCGUGUUGAGCAGAUUGCUGCUAUUGCCCAAGAGCUAAAUGAACUAGACUACCACGAUGCUGCUUCAGUUAACAGCCGCUGCCAGGCCAUUUGUGACCAGUGGGAUAAUUUGGGCACCCUUACACAGAAGAGGAGAGAUGCUCUGGAGCGUGUAGAGAAGCUUCUGGAGACCAUUGACCAGCUGUACUUGGAGUUUGCUAAGAGAGCAGCCCCUUUCAAUAACUGGAUGGAUGGAGCUGUAGAAGAUCUGCAAGAUAUGUUUAUUGUACACAGCAUUGAGGAAAUCCAGAGUCUCAUUACAGCCCACGAGCAGUUCAAAGCAACACUUCCUGAGGCAGAUAAAGAGAAGAUGUCAAUUUUGGGCAUCCAGGCUGAGAUCCAGAAAAUUGCCCAGACCUAUGGAAUCAAACUGUCUGGCAUUAACCCAUACACUAUCCUCACCCACCUUGAUGUUUCCAAUAAAUGGGAGACGGUGAAACAACUGGUUCCUCACAGAGACCAAACCCUGCAAGAGGAGCUUGCCCGUCAGCAGGCGAAUGAGCGCCUCCGUCGCCAGUUUGCAGCACAAGCCAAUGUGAUAGGGCCCUGGAUCCAGACCAAGAUGGAGGAGAUUGGCCGUAUCUCAGUGGACAUCAGCGCCUCCUUGGAAGAUCAGAUGAACCAUCUCAAACAGUAUGAGCAGAACAUCAUCUCCUACAAAUCCAACAUUGAUAAGCUAGAAGGUGACCACCAACUCAUCCAAGAAUCUCUCAUUUUUGAUAACAAGCACACAAGCUACAGCAUGGAGCAUAUUCGAGUAGGAUGGGAGCAGCUCCUAACAACAAUUGCCAGGACCAUUAAUGAGAUUGAAAACCAGAUCCUGACACGUGAUGCCAAGGGUAUUAGCCAAGAACAAAUGAAUGAGUUCAGAGCAUCCUUCAACCACUUUGACCGAAAGCGGAAUGGCAUGAUGGACCCAGAUGACUUCCGUGCAUGUCUUAUUUCCAUGGGAUAUGAUCUGGGUGAAGUGGAGUUUGCUCGAAUUAUGACUUUGGUUGAUCCCAACAACACGGGAGUUGUAACCUUCCAGGCUUUCAUCGACUUUAUGACAAGAGAGACGGCCGAAACCGACACUGCUGAACAAGUUAUGGCCUCGUUCAAAAUUCUGGCUUCUGACAAGAGUUAUAUCACAAUCGAUGAACUGCGCAGAGAACUGCCCCCUGAACAAGCAGAUUAUUGCAUCAGCCGCAUGACAAAGUACAUUGGAGCAGAUACAGUGUCAGGAGCUCUGGAUUAUAUGUCAUUCUCCAGUGCUCUGUAUGGAGAGAGUGAUCUAUAGAGGAGGAACGUUGCUUCCCAUGAACGUCCCACGCUCAGCCAUUUUCUCAUGUAUUGAUGCCUGACCUUUCACUCAAAGUCAAAUACCUUUUUUAAAAUGUAGCCUUAAUUGCACAGCGGAAUAUAUAUAUAUAUAUAUACAUACACACUUUGUUGAUUAAAUCAAUAUUGAAAUGAAGUCUUUUGUGGUACCACACAUUGAACCCUCAUAAUAAAACCAAAUUGCUUAUGUCAUGCCAACGUUUUAGCAUUAGCAAUGAAUGUUGUUAGAAUUGUCAAUGUCAAAUCUAAAGGUUAUCCACUGCAAUGUAACCAGUGUUAAUGUUCUUGGACAUGUGAUAGGACAAAAGCAGGAAGUAUGUCACGGGCAAAUCAUUUUGAUUGGUUCAUAGGCCACAUGGAAUGUAACUACUAUAUAUUAAAAGUCCUGUUACUUUUAAAUCAGGCAAAUAUUUUGCUAUUUUAACACAGACAUGGUAUAAUGAUCCCUGGCCUCAUCAAAUGUAUUUUAUUCUGUAUCAUCCCUAAGUGUGUGUGUGUAUAUAUAUAUAUAUAUAUAUAUGUUUGUGAUUAUUAUUGCUGUAUUUUAAUAAAGUUAGACUUUGCGUCUCUUUAAACGAUCAGUUUCUUCCAAAACCUCAUUUUCCUAUAUUUAUAAAAUGGAUCAAUUGGCAGAAAAUGUAACAUGGACAUGUAAAACACAAUCAAUAGAAAUAUUGGUGAAAGUCUUGAGAAAAUUCCUUUUAACAUAACAGAUAAUAUUAAUUGUAAAUGAUGUUAAUAUUGAAGAGUUUCAUGAUGACAUAAUCAGUUCACUAUUACAAUCUUAGUCUGUGAGGCUGGUUUAUUUUCUUUACUAGUUAAUGGUCCAUUUGGUUUCUAGAUUUCUCCGCAAAAGAAUGAUGUCACUGCUGGUUGAAUGACAUAACGGGGGUAAUUUAUCAAAAUUCAAAUUUUGUCCGAUUUUUUAAAUAAAAAAAAGUCCGACCAAACUAGAAUCUAUGAAUUGCCCUUAUUUAUUAUUUAAAAAGCCUGAAUUAAUCGGUUUGGGGAAAAACCUGAAAACAUUGUGUGAAAAACGGUAUUGUACUAUUUUUUCUGGCUUUUUUUCAUCAAAAUGAUCAGAUUUCCGGGCUAAAUCCAGUGCAGACCAUGAUAGGGACCUCUCCCAUUGACUUAUAUGCAACCUCUUCAGGUCUGAGAUGGUGGAUUUUUGGAUUUAGACUUUUUGGAGCCUCAAGGUAUAAUAAAUCUCAAACAUUUUGAGGGUUUUUUCCCACCAAAACUUUUAUAGUAAAACAACUUUAAUCUUUUGAGACUUUUUUAUCAGUCGGACUUUAAUAAAUAACCCCAACAUGUCAUUAACUUCAUAAAGACAGAAUUAUCCAUAGAAAGAGCUGUAAUGGGUGAUAGAAAGUUCUAUUAUAGAUUCCCAAUGUGAAAACAAUAAUGACUGUAGGGUAACAUGCAGAUUCUGUAGCUGGAAAAUGGUGAAAUAUUUAAUUUAAAACGAUUAACUGCACAGAGAAAUUAUUCACACACAUUUUUUGAUCCAAAAAGAUCAAGUAUAGGAUGCAGAUUCUCCCCAAGAUCUCAUAGACUUUCAAAACAAACAAUGUAUUAUUAAAACCUAGUCCAGAAGUCCAUUUAUAGAAAUGUUCUAAAAAUGAUGAAUCUGAUAGACGAGCUGGUUUAGAAGAAACUGAAUUCGGCAGAGCUACAUAAACCUUUGUGUAACUUUGCCUGGAAAUCCAACGUAAUGGCUGGUCAAGUUGUAUUACUAUUUAUGUAUCACAAAUUGAAUUCAUAUAUGAAUUUCCUCCAAACACAGGAGAAGAAUGAACAAUAAAAUUUACAUUACAAACA